AUGGCUGUGAGAUGGAUGGAGUCGUCAGCAGACGAUGGCAGGACGAAGAGCGUGCAUGGCUACGAUGCCGUCGACGAGUUCAAUGCAGAACUCGAACAAGUUUUCGGUGCAGCGCCGGCAUCUUUCAACUUACCGGGAGAGAUCAGCCACAAGGAGAGCAAGACAUCUGCGACCCCGGCACAUGUCCCGUUGAUGCAAGAGCCGGGGCAAGUCAACGUGACACGAAGCUACACACAACCUCGAGACAUACCAUGGACCGUCGACGUUUGCGCUUCGCUGCUUCGUAGGAUAGAUGCUCUUGAAAAUUCUGGAUUGGUCGAGGGCCCAACAGCGAAUAAUCUUAGAUGGAAAGCAGUGAGACAAGAUGAGAAGAUCCUCAUCCUCAAUCGAGCAUAUUCAGCCCAAGACGACCUGAUGUUUGUAGCAACUGCCGAGUAUUCGCUGCUAUCAGCCAUGGUUCUUGUGCUGUUCAUCGUGAAGUGA